AAAAAUAAUAUUUUGUUUUAUAAGAAAAAGCCUAAUAAGAAAAGAAGCCGUAAAGGAGAAUUUCUUACUAUUAAAAGUGAAAUCUGGGCAUAUUUUAACGUAAAAAUAGAAAUUGUUGCGAAAAGCCUACAUCAAUCAAAACCAUCGUAUUUCCGAUUUUCUUUGUCUCGAACUUCAUUUGUUUCUCAGAUCUCUUUCUCAAAGCUUCAACUAACACCAACCGAUAUCCUCUUUCACCAUUUCUCAAAGCUUCAAUGUAAUGUUGAAAAGUAUUCUUUGAAUCUAACGAAGACCCAAGGAAUCCCCAAUUCUUGAAUCUCCUUCACUCUUAACAGAAGCGAAAAUGGAGAGCUUCAGCGCCGAAGAUCUGUCAACAAUAGGCGGCAUAGCCACUGUUUCCAUUCUUCAUUCCUUCAUUCCUACCCAUUGGCUUCCCUUCUCCAUCGUCGGACGUGCCCAAAAAUGGACCCUUUCUCGUACCCUUUUCGUCACCGCAUUCGGAGCAGUUUUGCAUGUGAUAUCUACUUCACUGCUUGGUAUAACAGCAAUCACUAUGGCGAACACGAUUGCUGGGGAAGAAACUGUGCAUAAACUUGCUUCACUUUUGCUCAUUGUUCUUGGUGGUGGCUAUAUAUUGUUGUUUUUGUCUGGAAAGGGUGGACAUAGUCAUUCUCAUAACCAACCUAUGGAGAAAAUGGCUGUCGCCGGCCUUGUCCUUGUUCCGGCAUUGUCUCCUUGUGCAACCACUCUUCCUGUGUUUCUAGCUGUUGGAAAUUCGUCUUCCAUGAUGGUACUUGCCAUUAUAGUGCUGCUAUUCAGCACUAUAACGGUGAUGACCUCGCUGGUGGCUUUAUCUUUCUAUGGUGCUAGCCAGCUCAAGUUUCAUUGGGUGGAGCGAUAUGACAAAGCUCUUGUGGGUUCGGUGCUAUGCUUGGUAGGGAUCUUAACACUCAUUUUUCAUGAUCAUGAUGGAGAUGAAGGUUUGCAUGGACAACACGUGCACAGGAAAAUCAUUAGUCUUUGAGGACUGCAACAUCUUGCAAGCGUAUGUUUUGGCUAGAGGAUGCCAUCAAACAAUUUAAAUACUACUAGGUGUAAACUGUUCAUUGUGCCAUAAGUGGAUUACAAGAUUGUUUUGUUCUUGUUAGGUAGUCUCUGUGUCUGCAUAUGUUAUGGUCACUUUGCCAUGUUUGUUUAUUCUCACCGGUUUCAUCUCUAGGCUGGUCCUUUACAUAGCCAUCAAAAAAUGCUAUUUGUCUUGAAUGGUCUCUGCUCAUGCAAUGAAUUAUCCUCAUUGGUUUUUGGUCAAGACGGGAGAGGAGGAGUUGAGCUCUAAGCUUGGCUACUGUUUCUCAGAUGAUCUAUGUAAUCUCUAAACGUAUGCAAACUGAUAAUUGAUACUGUGCUGGACUCCGAAUUGCUUGUUUUGAAUUUUUUUGCUUCAUUUGAAUAGCCGAUAAAAAAGAAAUCCAAACAUAAAACAACAUAAUGGUGCGGUGAGAAUCUCUUUCCUUCAUCAUCAAAUGAAGCAUUAAUCUACCCUUUUUCUCUUCCGGACAUGGCAUCCGCCCUCCAUG